CAUCCUGGAAGCGGCUCCGCGUCGCCUUGGCACUACUCCUACGACCGCUCCCCGGCCAUCCCACCGUCCGUAACGAUGGCCGACCUCCAGGAGAUCCGCCGCUCGCAGAGGGCCGGGGGACCCGCCGCGGUGCUCGCCAUCGGCACCGCCACGCCGGCCAACGUCCUCUACCAAGCUGACUACCCCGACUACUACUUCCGCAUCACCAAGAGCGACCACCUGACCGAGCUCAAGGAAAAGUUCAAGAGGAUGUGCGACAAGUCGAUGAUCCGAAAGCGUUACAUGCACCUCAACGAGGAGAUCCUCAAGGAGAACCCCAACAUCUGCGCCUACAUGGCGCCGUCGCUGGACGCGCGGCAGGACAUAGUGGUGGUGGAGAUUCCGAAGCUGGGGAAGGAGGCUGCCGUCAAGGCCAUCAAGGAGUGGGGCCAGCCCAAGUCCAAGAUCACCCACCUGGUCUUCUGCACCACCAGCGGUGUCGACAUGCCCGGCGCCGACUACCAGCUCACCAGGCUCCUCGGCCUCCGCCCCUCCGUCAACCGCCUCAUGAUGUACCAGCAGGGCUGCUUCGCGGGCGGCACCGUGCUCCGCCUCGCCAAGGACCUGGCCGAGAACAACCGCGGCGCGCGCGUCCUCGUGGUUUGCUCCGAGAUCACCGCCGUCACCUUCCGCGGGCCCUCGGAGUCCCACCUCGACAGCCUCGUCGGCCAGGCCUUGUUCGGGGACGGCGCUGCUGCCAUCAUCGUGGGGGCCGACCCGGACCCCGCGAUCGAGCGGCCCCUGUUCCAGAUCGUCUCCGCCAGCCAGACCAUCGUCCCGGACUCCGAGGGCGCCAUCGACGGCCACCUGAGGGAGGUCGGCCUCACGUUCCACCUUCUCAAGGACGUGCCGGGGCUGAUAUCCAAGAACAUAGAGAAGAGCCUGGUGGAGGCGUUCAAGCCGCUAGGGAUCGACGACUGGAACUCCAUCUUCUGGAUCGCGCACCCCGGCGGUCCGGCGAUCCUCGACCAGGUGGAGGCCAAGAUCGGACUGCAGAAGGAGAAGAUGCAGGCGACGAGGCGCGUGCUCAGCGAGUACGGCAACAUGUCGAGCGCUUGCGUGCUGUUCAUCCUGGACGAGAUGAGGAACCGGUCGGCGGCGGACGGCAAGGCGACCACCGGCGAGGGAUUGAAGUGGGGAGUACUCUUCGGCUUCGGGCCCGGGCUGACCGUGGAAACCGUCGUCUUGCACAGUAUGCCAAUCGUUGCAAACUGAUGGCAUGCAGCACUAGCAAGAACUGAACUCGUCCAUCUUUCUCUUCCAGUAUUCUACGCCUAAGAAGCUGUUUAAGCGUGUCCGAUGGUGUUCAAUAAGAUGUAUUCUGUCAGCUCAGUUUGAUAUGGAUUUGGCUUAGAUCAUCAGUUCUCAUUA